AUGGUUAGAACUGGUUCUGAUUCUGAAGGUGCUAGCUCUCAGAUUGACUAUGAUUGGAACACCGAUGAUGAGCUUGAGGUGUUUGGCGUUCCAUCUUCGGCUCCAACGUAUUCUAGUCAAGAGAGUUGUGAACAUAGUGUGGCGGAGAGUAGUGCAACUUGCUCGGAUGAAAAGAAUGCUAAGCUGAUUAAUCUCUUUGUGGGAAUGGGAUUUUCGAGAGUCUCAGUGAUCAAAGCAAUUAAUGAAAAUGGAGAAGAGAACGAGGAAGACAUUUUGGAAACUCUGCUAACACUUACUGCUAUUCAACGAGAUCCUGCGUCAGAUGCUUCCAGUAUGCCAUGUACUUCUGCUAAGAAAAGUGAUAUACCAAUCGACAUCUCUGAGGAGGAUAGCUGUCCUGGAACUGGGGAAAAUCCCUUAGGGUUAGAGAAGGAUGAAACCUUGUCGAUACUUGUGGAUAUGGGUUACCCUUUGGAGGAGGCUUUGUCAGCUAUGGACAAAUGUGGUCCUGAAGCCCAGAUCAGUGAACUGGCGGAUUUCAUUAGUGCUGCUCAAUUAGAAGAGGAGAUUGACUCCCUUCAAGAUCCACCUAAUAAUAAACAUGAUACAUCUGUUUAUAUGCAUAAAAAGCCAAAUGAUCAAUAUUAUCUUCAUAAGAGUAAGAAAGCGAAACUACACGAUAAGAAAUGGAAAAGCAAAAUCUGUAGGCCAAGUGAGAAGAUGCCAAAAGCAAUUGAUAAGGAGAUGAUACAUGUCUCUAGUCCCAUGACAGGAUUUGGUGUACCUAAUGAACUCUGUCCUGUGGUUGAAAGAAAGCUCCCAAGUGCAGCAGCAGGUCAACCAUACUUCUACUUUGAAAACGUGGCUCUUGCUCCUGCUGGAGUUUGGAGCAAAAUAUCACGUUUUCUGUAUGAGAUUGAACCAGAAUUUGUUGAUUCCAAGUUCUUUUGUGCUGCAACAAGGAAAAGAGGAUAUAUUCAUAAUCUUCCAAUCCACAAUCGCUCCCCUCUGCUUCCUAUCCAACCACUCACUAUCCAAGAGGCUUUACCUACAACUAAAAUGUGUUGGCCUUCGUGGGAUGAAAGAACAAAGCUCAAUUGCCUUUUAACUAACGUAGCUCCUGGCACAGUUACAGAUAGAAUAAGAAAAGUCCUUGAUAAGUAUGGUGCUGAACCUCCUGCUAUAGUCCAACGGAAUGUACUUCAAGAGUGUAGAAGGUGGAACUUGGUUUGGGUUGGAAAAAACAAUUUGGCACCUCUUGAACCUGAUGAAUAUGAGAUGAUACUGGGAUUUCCAAGGCAUCACACGAGAGGUGGUGGAAUCACCCGGACAGAGAGAUACAGGGCACUGGGCAAUGCAUUUCAGGUUGAUACAGUUGCCUACCAUCUUUCAGUGUUGAAGGGUCGUUUUCCAAAUGGGAUAAAUGUCCUUUCUCUCUUUUCUGGCAUUGGAGGUGCUGAGGUUGCUCUCCAUCGACUUGGAAUAAUGCUUAAAAAUGUUGUAUCUGUGGAAAUAGCUGAGAUGAACAGAAACAUCAUUCGCAGUUGGUGGGAGCGAACUAACCAAAGGGGAAAUCUUAUUGAGAUAGAAGAUGUACAACAAGUUUCUUCAAAUCAGCUGAUGCAGUGGAUAACCAAAUUUGGUGGAUUUGACCUCAUCAUUGGUGGGAGCCCCUGCAACAACCUUUCUGGCAGUAACAGAGUUACUAGACAUGGGCUAGAGGGUGAGCACUCCUCACUUUUUUAUGAAUAUUUUAGGAUUGUUGAGGCAGUAAUGGAUGUACAGAGAAAUCCGCUUCUGUCAAACAAAAAUGAACAGAGCGGAUUUUGUUGA